UUGUCAGCGUCAAAAACUCCUUAAAAAAAUAAAUAAAAAGGAAGCUCGACUCCUCCAUGUCUUCUAGCACUUGAAAUCAGACAAGAAAUAAGCCAAAGCAAGCGCGCUCUCUUUCUCUCUCCCUCUCUGUAAAUUCAAAUCACUAACACUUUUCAAAACAUAUCUUGCCACCCCUCCUCCUCUUUCUGAAACCCUAACUCGCUUCCAAUCUCUCUCAAAUCCUACUAAAAGUAGAUACAGAUACCCUUUUUAAAGAAAUCAAGAUUUGGCUUAGCGGGUUUAAGCUAAUGGAAGAUCGAGGAGGGGAUACAGGGAGGUCCAGAUCUGAUUCCAAGUUGGCUGGUGAGAAGCGGGCUAGUGGUGAAUUGGGAGAGAAAUCAGAAGUUGCUCGAAAAAAGAUUAAAAUGCGUAAUCUUGAAUCUGUGCUGAGGUUUGAAGAAGUAAGCAGCAAUCACUUGAAAAACAAAGAAGACGACGACCGCUUUCAGUUUACUGAAAAGAUGUCCCAAGUCACCAAUGUUCCGGUAACCUUGGACUUCAAUGCUUAUCGAGCAGAAAGAAGUGGAAGGACCGCAUUAUCAGUUGAGGUCACUGCUGCCUCUAAGCCACUGGAUCUCAGUAAUGAAGCUUGCAUUGCUAAUCACUUGGUGAGAAAGGAUAUGGCAGAACAUGCUGAGAAUUGUAAUGAAGUCCCAUUGCUCAAGAAGCAUGAGAGCAAACAUGACAAUAAAUGCGCAACCUCUGUUGGCUUUGGCUUGGAUCUGAAUGCACAGGAUGAUAGCUCUGUGAACCAGGAACCAUUCCACACCCAGAAAGAUCAUGAGAAGACAAGAGAUAUUUCUGAGUGUGGGAGUACUACUGGUCCAGUGCAGGAAAAGGAUCCAUUAAGAAUGUGGAAAGAAAUGAAGCAAAACGGUUUUCUGUCAUCUUCAUAUGGAGGGAUUUCAAUUCAAAGUGGUUUUAUGACAUCUUCUCAUGGAGGGAUACCAAUGGCAAAGCAACGUGGGAGGAAACCCAAAGAUGACGUUCUCAAGGAAAAGAUGGAACUUGCGAAGAGAGAGCAGGUGGAUAGGUUUACCAAGAUUGCUGCUCCAAGUGGAUUGCUAAAUGGCUUGAACCCUGGGAUCAUAAACCAUGUGAGAAAUAAAAAGCAGGUCCAUUCCAUAAUAGAGGCUUUGGUAAGGUCUGAAAAACUCGAAAAUGGCUGUCUUGAAAGCAAACAAGCAUAUCUAAAAUCUGGAACUAAAGAAAACAAUAGUAUGAGUGAUUCUGGAAUACAUCGACUCAGUUUUUCUCAUGGGAAUGGGAGUUCAACUUCUUUAUUUGGGAGCAAGCAAACAAGAGAGUACCCUAUAUCCAACGGGGAGGGUGACUCCAGCAUGGUAGACAUGGUACAUGACAGAAAUUUUGUUUCACACUCAGCUGCCAGUGAGAAUGAUGCAUUGACAUUGAAGUUGUCUUCAGCAACUAACGCCUUGGAGGAAUCUAGAACUGUUCUGAAUGAGGAAUCAGCAAACAACGCAAGUGUUUCUUGUCUUUCUGUGAAAGCUGCUACUGUUUCUUCUCAAUGGUUGGAACUUCUUCAUCAAGACAUUAGAGGACGGAUAGCAGCCUUGCGCCGAAGUAGGAAGAGAGUCCGAGCAGUGAUAACUACUGAGUUACCAUUUUUAAUAUCAAAAGAGUUCUCAGCUAUUGAAGUGGACGGUGCUUAUACUAUGAAAAGUUCUUCAGAAGUAGUGUCCAAUAAUGCAACAGCUGCCAUGCAUCAAGCAAGAUGGAGAGCAUUGUUUGAUCAGUUGGACAGUGCACUUUCUGAAGAAGAGAAACAACUUGAAACUUGGUUGAGCCAGGUAAAGGAAAUGCAAGUGCACUGUGAUCAGGGGCUGCAGCAUUUGCACUAUAAUGCAAUUUUAGGUUACCCCAGAACUGAGAAAGCAGAUAGCUCGCAGAAGGAAUUGGCUGUUAGAGCUGCUGCAGCUUCCAUCUAUUCAACCUGCAAUUUCCUGAGUUCGAAGGAGAAUGUAUCUUGUUUCUGAUCUAUUAACCGAAUUCUAAAAUAUUAGCAAACAACUGAUCAGUUCUUUAAUCUUUGCAAAGCUAUGCUGGAUAGCAAGCUAUAUAACAUCAAGUUGAGCCCCCAUUUUUCUCUCUUUCUUUUUCUUUUUCAAAAUGUAGCCAGAAUCAUUGUUGUGGUAGAUUGUUAUAAACUCUAGUUGAUAAAGGAAGUUGCUGAGAAAUAAUAAAUCGACUAUCAGGUUCUUUGA